AUGCAUCUGGUCCAGAGCAUUUACCGCUCUGCAUGGGCAACGUUCUGUCUCACCGGCUUAACCGCAGGUGUACCCAUAGCACCGGCUGGCCACUUAACGGCACGACAACCCAUCGAGCCAGAUCUCCAAAUCGACUUCAACGCCCUCCUCGACGGAUCUUUAGGUAACCUACCCGCGAUAUGGAUUACCACCCACAGUCUUCUUGCCGAGGCCGCGCCAUCUUCAAACCUCACGGUUUCUUCUCGCGAAGAUCGUACCGACAAGGAGAAUGGCCUUGUCGCCGCUGCCUUCAUCAGCUCCCUGCUGAUUCCUGCUGCGACCGGCAUCGCAGACAACGGCGUCACUGGGGGUCUUUGCAACGCUAUCAUAAAUGGAGCAGGGGGCAUGGCUGGCGCCGUUGUUGGUCAAGAGGCCGGCAAAACACUUUACCCACAAGGUAACGGCACCGAUGGAAAUGGCACAUCGGCUCCAGAGAUGGAGCAAGGCAUUGUUCCUGGUGCGUUUAUUGGUAGCGUCGUUACCAACAGUCUUGGAACUGCUCUGGCUAAGAGUAUCUGCGACAAAUUUCUCCCCGAUGUUGAAGACGUCAUAAAGGAGGCUGAAGCUGGAGUUGCGGGUCGGGUCGCUAACUCACUGAAUCGCGGUCUCAAAGAAGUUUUGGUGAGCCAACUAGAAGACAUGGGGGUCGAGACCGCGCGGGCAGUACAGUUUGCAAGUCAAAUGGAAGAGACGAUUCGCUUGGUCGACAGUACCGGCAGUCUGGCCACAGCUUUCGAAUACCUCAAUCGCGAACUCGCAACCAACACCGCAGAGCUGGCCGAAGCUGUAGGAGCCAAACUAUUGAACAAGCCAGCAAUCAGCAACCUCGUUCAACUAAGUCACAACACGCUCGCCAAUCUACCAGUCGCAGGUGUAGACGGCAUUGCGCUGUUGCCGUUCGACCCUGCUGCCGAUCCCAUAGGAAUGAUGGCUAAGUUCACCAACCAUUACAGGAAUACCAUGGAGUUUGCCAAAACUCUAGGCGGGAAGAUCAAAGAAGGCGCGAACCGCGUUUCCCCUGCUUUGGAUACAGUGUCCCAGUCGGUUGAGUCAGCUAUGCAAGGUGUCGACUCCAUCAUUCCGGGCACGGCAAACAGACUGAUCAAGGAUGCUACUGGUGCCGCCAGAAAUAUUCUGGACCAUAUCCCAAACCCCCUUCAUAGUCUUCCGAACCCUUUCGACGCUCUAUUCCACCAUGGAGGUCAUGGUAGCGGCCACAGUAGCGGCCACCAUACUGCUCCCGGAUCAACUCACGGCGGCAACGGCGAAUCACACUGUGCUCAAGCCACGGUGACUAUUACGACUACACUUUCGCCUGCUCCAACCCAGACGCCGAAUCGAAACUUGGCUACUCCGACCCUGGGCUCGUGCACCUCGUACCAGGUCAUUCCCACGUACACGACGUUUACACGACACGCGACUGCAGUGAUUACGCAGAUACAGACGGUACCUUCGUAUGUCCAGGUCCCUCAGUACUUUGCAACCACUACCACGCAGACUGUGGCAAAAUCAUGGAACACGUAA